AACUUGUUCGACUCGAAACCGGCGAUCGCGGCAUAUAAAGCCCGAUCAACGCCAGUCGAAGUUGACUAUAGUAACGAAGCGGACGUUCAACUAUCAUCAUGGUUAAGCUUGGCUUUCUUUCCCUGUUAAUUGCGGCCUUUGUGGUUGCUGCCUUUGCUGCGGGUGAUUGUCCUUCAUCCACAAAGGUUCAAAACUGUACCCCCAAGUGUCUGCAUGACAGCGAGUGCAGCGCCAUUGGUGGCAAGUGCUGCCCGAAUUUAUGCAACGGCCGCAGCUGCGUGCAGCCCAAUUUGCUGGGAAAUUCCGGAGCCGAUAAAUCGCCCUUUGGCAGCAAAAACACCGGAUCCAGUGGCAGUUAUUGCGGCAAUGUCAAGUGCGGCAGCUUCGAGAAGUGCGAAAUGGACCGCAGCACCAAGCGACCAAAGUGCGUGCGAUCCUAAAAAUAAUGCAGCAAGAUCAACGGACACGGCAGCAACAACGCGUUAUAAACUCAUUUCUUUGUCACUAAAUGGAAACUUGUAGACCCGCAAA